AUGGAAACGGAUAGCCCCUCCCGUCUUGACGAGCUGAGUUGCUUUCAGCCCCACACUGGAAUUUGUAGUUACCUGCCAUUUGAUCCGUAUAUGCAGCAAAAUGGACGCUAUGAGCUCCAUCCUGUUGAUCAUCAUCCGUUUGAAGUUAUUGGGGACUAUACAUCUGCAACCUUCAACGACCUUGGACACCAGUUCUUUGCAGAAAGAGAAAACAAGAAGCCCAUGUUCGACCAUGGUUCAUCGGUCGGUUAUAGAGUUGGAACUCAAGUGCCUCUUCUGACUCCCAAAACUGAGGUUUCAAAUCUCAUGAACGGUGGCCUUGGAUCAUAUAAGGCAUAUGAGAUGAAUGGCAGGUUUCUGCCAAGAAAGAAGACCUCUUUGAAGAAAGUCAAUGUUGUGAAAGGGCAGUGGACUAUAGCGGAAGAUAGGAAGCUGGUAAAAUUAGUGGAACAAUUUGGAUUGAGGAAGUGGUCUUACAUAGCACAACUGCUGCCAGGAAGAGUGGGAAAGCAGUGCAGAGAAAGAUGGCACAACCAUUUGAGGCCAAACAUCAAGGAUGAUCCAACAUGGCAGGGUGCUGAUGCAGGGGAAUGUCAAAAGCCAGGAUGGCACAUUUAA